UAGUGAGACUAUAUGUGUUAAGCUUUAAAUGUUGUGUUGUGGCAGGUUGGUCCUCUAGUAAGCUGAAUACUAUCAUCCCUCAACUUAUUUAGCACCAAACAAAAGAAUCUCCUUGAAGCGGCAACUCCUACUGGCCCGCAAAGUAAAGCAGCACGAGGACUCGACCUGGUCGAGGAGGGACUUGAUGCCGUCCUAGUCGGAGAAAUCGGUGGGUGGCGACGGCACGAGAAGGGGAAACGAGUUGAGCGCGGAGGCGACGAGAUCGACGGCACAAGACGGAGGGUCACGAGGAUGGGGAAAAUUCAGAUAAGUGCUUCCAAGGCCUUUGCGCUGCAUUUUCUCUGCACCGCGGCCUUGGCGGCCGGCUACUGCCUCGCCCGAGAUGUCUACGCUCUCAGCCUCGUCUCUGACCCUGCCCAAACCCUCCGCCUCCUCCUGCUCUUCGAAGGGCCGGUCGUUGUUGGAAUCUACAGUUGGGUUCGGCGUGACCCUGACUGUUGCUCGUAUUUGAAGGCUGUUGGACGAGGAUUGCUUGGGCUUCCCAUCG